CGCCCGUCUCUCUCCUACGCUCUCCCCGCUCCGCUCCUCCCCUGCACCAGCCGCAGCGGCGAGCUACUUCCCUCCCUCGACCUAGAGCCUGGGAGAGAGAGGCGACGGCAGCUCCCCCUUCUCCCCCUCCCCUCCCUCGCCGUCGCCGAGCAACGAGGAUUUCCGGCCGUCGUCAGCAAUGGAGAACAUGAGAUCCGAGAACCACCGCGGCGCGGCCAUGGAGGGCGUCAAGCUCGCGUCGGAGGCGGCGGCCAACACCAACCGCAGGGCCCUGAGGGACAUCAAGAACAUUCUUGGCGCCCCUCACCAGCCCCAAGCCGUCAGCAAGAGGGGCUUGCAAGAAAAACCCGCCGCCGCCGGUGCCAAGAGCCAGCCUGGCGCCGUCGGCCACCGGCCGGUGACCAGGAAAUUCGCCGCCAUCCUGCAGCAAACGCAGCCUGCAAACGCCCCGCUGGCACCAAUUGGCAGUGAGAGGCAGAAGAGGAACGCUGACACUGCAUUCAAUGCUCCUUCAGACAUGGAGUGCAGCAAGGCUUCAGAUGAUGACCUUGAUGAGAUGAUGACCAAUGAGCUCAAGGAGAUCGACAUGGAGGACACCGAAGAGGAGGAAAUGCCUGACAUCGACAGCUGCGACGUCGGCAACUCCCUUGCGGUUGUCGAAUAUGUGGAUGAAAUUUACAGCUUCUACAGAAGGACCGAGGAGCUGAGCUGUGUGUCCCCCACCUACAUGGCACACCAAUCUGACAUCAAUGAGAAAAUGCGCGGCAUUCUGAUUGACUGGCUGAUUGAGGUCCAUUACAAGCUUGAGCUACUGGGGGAGACCCUUUUCCUUACUGUAAACAUCAUUGACAGAUACCUGGCCAGGGAGAACGUCGCCAGGAAGAAGCUCCAGCUGGUGGGCGUGACAGCCAUGCUGCUGGCAUGCAAGUAUGAGGAGGUCAGUGUGCCAGUCGUGGAGGAUCUGAUCCUCAUCUGCGAUCGCGCCUACUCCCGGGAAGACAUUCUUGGCAUGGAGAGGAUGAUUGUUGACAGGCUUGAAUUCAACAUGUCGGUCCCUACUCCAUAUUGCUUCAUGAGAAGAUUCCUCAAGGCAGCAGGGUCUGACAAGAAGCUGGAGCUGCUCUCCUUCUUCCUAAUCGAGCUCAGCCUGGUCGACUACAAGAUGCUCAAGUUCCAGCCGUCGAUGCUGGCGGCGGCGGCCAUCUUCACCGCGCAAUGCACGCUCAACGGGUGCAUGUCCUGGAACAAGUGCUGUGAGCUGCACACAAAAUACUCUGAAGAACAGCUCAUGGACUGCAGCACAAUGAUGGUGGAGCUGCACCAGGGGGCGGCGCGCGGGAAGCUCACCGGGGUGCACCGCAAGUACAGCACCUUCAAGUACGGGUGCGCCGCCAAGUCGGAGCCCGCCGCCUUCCUGCUCGACGCGAGGAAGGCCUGACCGACCGACAACUUACAUCACCGUGUCUGUGACAACUGCUAAAAAGAUGGCGAGCUAAAGAAGAGGAAGAGGUGGUGGUGUACAUUGAGGUGCUCUGUUCUGAUGAGAUUUACACCAAGGAAGAAGGGAGACCAACGUUCGCUGUUGGCCGUGUCGCGUGCGUUUUUACUGCUACUGCUCUCUCGGUAUAACUUAACAUCGAUCCGGUCCGAGUUGAGUUGAGUUUGUGUGUGUGUGUUGAUGGGUUCCAAUUACAUGUGUUGGAAUGUGUUUGUGUAUUUAAUUCUUGGAUUUGUUGUGCGAUGAUGACACCUACCUGCAAAACAACUUGCAAAUAAACAUUAAUUGAAUUUCCUGUUCAGUAUAUGUCCUGUUGAGCA